UGUUAAUGAGAAAAGUUAUUGGGAUCGCCUAGUCCAAGGACACCUUAUAAAGCAAGACAAAAACAAAACAAAAUGCCAAAAAAUAAAACACGUCUAAACAUUUUACUUUUAUCGUGCUCUGCUUUACUCGUUGUGAUGUUCACCAGGCAACUAAACAAGGACGUAACACAAAUCUCCACGAGGACAAGAGAGCUUAUUGAUUCCAAACUUACAACAACUGAGCACUUAACAAAAUUUAAUGACAAUGAAGAACAUGACGAAGAUUCAUUUGAGGUUAAAGAGAAGAUGAAUGAAUAUACAUUUAGUUUAUCAGGAAUUAGUGACACGAAACAAUAUCACAAAACUUCAUUUGAGGCUAAUGGCAAAACCAGGGCAUACGUAAAUCUGAAUGAAGAUAAUGACACUUCCAAUAUACACUCUACUGAAGAUUCAUCUGAAGUAGAUAUGGGAAGUUUAAGCAACCCAUACAAAGGAAUCAACGCUGAAGAUGAGAGCAAAAUGAGGAGGAUAGAACAAAAACUAAACGACGAAUUCGGGUUUAUACAUAAAGCAAAUAAUUUUGUACGUUACGAGAAAGAAAAUAAAGACUGUGAUGUCGGAAAGGUGAGGAAACCACCUGAAGCAAUGAUCAUAGGCGUACAAUUCUGUGGAACCGAUUUGUUGAGAUCUAUAUUAGGGGCACAUCCUAAAAUUGCCAUAGCACUAGGCGAACCUCAUUUCUUUGACAGAAACUACAACGAGACAUUAAGUUGGUACCUUAAGCAAAUGCCUUGUAGUUCACCGGAUCAGAUCACCAUUGAGACAACGCCGUCGUAUUUCGAUUUGACGGAUCCCGCUCGAAUCUUCACAUUUAAUCCAAAUAUGAAGCUUAUAGUGUGUGUCUGUGACCCUGUUGAUAGAACGUUAUCUGACUUUACCCACGAACAACGCCUUGGGCAUAUCCAAAAGGGCAGGACCUUUGAAGAAGAGGUCGUUGGGAGUGACGGUGGGAUAAAAGGAAAUGUUGCCAUCACUAAACGUUCUAACUAUCUUUACCCACUUAUAAGGUACAAGCAAUAUUUUAGCUCGAAUCAAAUCUUUUUUAUUGAUGUAGCAUUAUUAGGUUCUCAACUAUCGACCGCAUUUAAUAUGUUAGAAGAGUUUCUAGGGAUUGAAAAAGUGUUUCGAAAAACUUCGUUCUGGUUCAACACCAAGAAGAACAUUAAUUGUCUUUCCUCCGAAAUGUUCAAUAUAACAAUUUUAAAAAGUCUUGGAAUAGAGGAAGAUGGCUGUAUGGAAACGCCCGGAGUUUUAUCAAACCCAGUGAUUGCAGAAGGGCUGAGGGAUAAGCUUAGAAAACAUUAUACGGUCUACUGCACUGGGUUUUGUGAAAUGCUUGGUAACCACACGUGUAAAGCUUUCCCUUGGAGUCCUAAACGGAUGAGUAAAAGAUCGAUUGACCUUGUUGGAGGGACUUAACUUCAAUGAUUAGUUAGAUUAACUACGGAACCACAUGGAAAAGAAUAUGUCGCUGAAAAAAUUCUUGACAAUGUCAAAACAUUUGCUUUCCUUAUAGUGGAAAGUCAAAUCCAUUAUUAACUAUACGAUCAUUGACAGUUCAUUGUCAAUUAGCUUUAGGAACGAUCCUGUCGUAGCCCCCAAGUCACACCAAAUGAGUUCCUUCCAUACAUCCAUGAAAUGUUGUCGAAAGGGGGCAAACUGUGUGCGAAUUGUUUGCAGGUUGCUGGAAAUUUACGAUCUUUUUACGAACUUCAUUUACCCGAGCCUGCUCAAAAUUAUCUCGCGGCCAACCCGUUACAGAGCGAGUGACAACGUACUAGUACUUAAAACGAGAUGGACCUACGAAGAAGACUCUACAGGGUACAAAAGUAAAAUCCAUAUAUUGUAAAUAACAUUCUCACAUUGCUGGGCAUGAUUAUCGAAUUUCAGCCAAUCAGAACACUUUUUAAACAAGAAAACAGCAAUUCCACGGAGUAGCAAAUCCCACCGAACACCGAAGGAAAUUUUACAAAAAAUGGUAGACAUUUUGAAAUUCAGUAGCCAUCUUAAGAUCAUCUUCUUGGGCAGAGUUUCUGUAUCUAGGCAUCAGCAUAUAAAAUUUGAACCAACUCUUAACAUUGGAUAGACUUCAUUAUCAAGCAGCUUGCCUUGUGUCAAGGGCAAUUCAUGGUUCAAACACUUCAACAGUUUUAUCUUUACUCAACUGGAAAACGUUAGCUUCCAGGAGAGAAAAGCAUCUCAAAAUGUUUGCUUUCAAGGCUAAAUACCAUUGUUUUCCCCAAUUUGAGCUAUCACUGAUAACGUUCUUUUACGAAAAAUGCCAGCCACUUUGAAAUUAAGCUACCAUCUCGUAAAUUCCAUCUCGAGUAGGGCUCCUUUGUCCUUGGGCAUCAGCAUUUAAAAUUUGAAACAAAAUCGACCCCUAGUAUUCGAGUUAUCAAAGAUUAUGUUUUUAUGAAAAAUAACGGCCAUUUUGAAAUUCAGGAGCCAUCUUGAAAAUAGCUCUUUUGUCCCUAGGCAUCGGCAAAUAAAAAUUGAAUCAAAUCCUGGAAAUAGUAUUUGAGAUAAAAUUGCGACCAUCUUGAAUUGAGCGACCAUAUUGAAAAGGCCCUACACUCAUAAGCCUAUAAAAUUUGAAUUAAAUCCGUCAAACGGUAUUUGAGUUAUCACCUGGACAGACGAACGAACGGACGUACAGACGAUUGGAUAAUAAUACGCAUCCUUAUAUAACAACCAAGUGCAUAGCUAGUUAUAGGUUCAGUGAAAUUGAUUUCAUAAUUUCAUUUUAUAAGUUGGUAGUUGUGUGAAAAUCUCUGAAAAUAAUCAUAUUGAAUACCAAUGUAGGUGCUUCUGCAGAUCAAAAUGUCAAACCUUGCAAAAGAUUUCUAAUUAGAUUUCAUUUUAAUGAUAUUAAACUUACAAUGUUUAAAAAGGAUUAAAGCCCAUAGCUCAAUGAGUUUUGGUGGAUUUUAUGCACGUAUGUCGUCUUGUAUCAAGACCUUUGAAUGAGGGCAGUAGCUCG